UCCCCGUGACGUCACAGGGGCGGGUCUUCCGCCCAGAGGACAGGACAGUAAGUGGACGGAUGAGAGCCUGGCAAGGUGCUCGGUGAAGACGUUGCUGCAGUUCUUCUGAUCAGGAUGCACCAGUUGUCUUCGUCCACUGUCCAUCUUCUGUCUAGCGCCCAAGUGAUAACAGCAGUGGUCAGUGUAGUAAAAGAACUUGUAGAGAAUGCGUUAGAUGCAUGUGCUACCAAUAUAGAAGUGAAACUGGAAAAUUUCGGCUUUGAUAAAAUUGAGGUCCGAGAUAAUGGGAUUGGCAUUAAAGCAGCAGACACACCUGUUAUGGGCAUCAAGCAUUAUACAUCUAAAAUAUCCAGCCAUGAAGAUUUAGAAUCAUUACAAACAUAUGGCUUUCGCGGUGAAGCUUUGUGCUCAAUCUGCUCCGUUGCCGAGGUACACAUUUCGACAAAGACAGACACUGACCCGGUUAGCACUCAGUAUCUUUUGGAUAGCAAUGGACAUGUUUUGUCAGAGAAGCCAUCACACCUUGGACAAGGCACUACAGUCUCUGUAAUGAAAUUGUUCAAAAAUCUGCCUGUUCGAAAGCAGUAUUAUUCCACUGCAAAAAAUUUUAAGGAAGAGCUCAAGAAGAUUCAAGAUCUACUUAUUUCAUACGGACUUAUUAAGCCAGAUGUUAGGAUUGUACUUGUACAUAAUAAGGUGAUUGUCUGGCAAAAAAAUAAGGUCUCCAACCAUAAAAUGGCUCUUAUUUCAGUUUUGGGAACUACAGUCAUGAAUGCUAUGACCCCCUUUCAGCAUCAGUGUGAAAAUCCAGAGAUAUUUAUUAACGGAUACCUUCCAAGGCCAGGGGCAGACCAAACACUAACUAGUGUCCAUGGCCCAGAAAAGAGUUUUAUCUUCAUAAACCAGCGCCCUGUCCUUCACAAAGACAUAUUAAAGAUUACCUGGGUGUUCCCCCGGUUUGCACAUCUUUCAUUGGCGUUCUUUGUGGGAGGUUCCGGAAUGGGAGGGAGACUUAUUGAGAUUCACAGAGGUAUUUAUACCGGCUUACUACUAGGAUUAACCAUACGCCCCCUGAAGAAACAAGGCGAAACACGCGUCGGGCAAGGAGCCAUCACGCUAUCCUCUCUGAUAGUUCGUCUGUAUUAUAAUGAAAGAAAGAAUUUUUCCCACUGCUAUCCAGUUUUCUUCAUGAAUAUUCUUGUCCCAGCUUCAUCUGUGGAUGUAAAUGUAACACCAGAUAAAACCCAAGUGUUGCUACAUAAUAAGGAAUUUGUCCUUCAAGCUGUGGAGAAUGUAUUGAAAUCUGUGUACACGGACACAGUAACUGUGUCAGUUUGCAAACCUGAAGCACAGUCCAAAAAUAUUAACACCAAGUACAUUGAAUAUCCAAGUACAGAGGAGCAAAAAAAAAACUAUUGUGGAAAUGAGGAUAGAGGAGAGCAAACUGUGUCUUUGUCUCCUGAAAAUAAUAAAAAUAAUGAUAGUGAGAGAGAGCUACAGUCUCAUGUGUAUUUAAAACAUCAGUCAUCCAGCCAUGAUCAGUCACUUAAUGUUGACUUUGCUGGCAAAGAAUGUCCUGAAGCAUAUAUAAUUAGUUCUUCAUCAAACCAAGGAAACCAGAGUGAUUAUACUUUAAGAAGAAACCAGAAAGUUAGUCUUGAAAUAAAGGUACUGAAAAAUAUAGCACCCAGUGAUAAGCAUACUGUAACUGAUGAUGAUUGGAGCAGAGGGCAUUCUUUAAGAAAUGCCACUGGAGAAGAUUUACAACCAGUAAUGAUUUUGAGUCCUUCAAAUGUAAGCCAUGUUGUUGAAAAUGUAUAUGAAAAUAUGGAUAAGACGUGUAAUGAAAAUACAAACCAGAAAUCAGCAAAUAUAACUGAGAAAUUUGGUUUCAUUACUGCGUAUGAUCUCAUGAACAAUCAAGUGAUCAGGAAACCCAUGUCAGCAAUAAAAAUAUUUACUCAGGAAUACAGGGCUAAGUUCCUUAAAGACAGUCCAGUGGUUCAUUUUGAUGAAAUACCUUCAGUUAUUUCGAAGCUUUGGGAACACCUCAGUGAAGAAGAUAAACUCAGAUAUGAAGAAAAAGCAACUAAGGACUUGCAGAGGUACAACUCGCAGACUGCAAAAGCUGUUGGGGAAACAAAAGAAACAGGGGAAAAAAAUAAAUUGACCCUGAACAAAAUCCCUCAAAAAAUUAAACUGAAAACCGCAAUGUCCAAUCAGCAAAUUUUGAAUAAGUUGUUUCAUUCUCAAGUUCAGAAGAAAGCUGUGGUACUCACUGUCAAAACAAUCAAAAUAGAUUUUAGCUUGUGCAAUCUAAAGAAACAACUUUGCAACCUUGGAAGAAGAGAAAUGCUUGAUUUUGGGGAACUUACCGUAAUAAGUAAACUGAAUCUACCCGGUGCUUGGAUUGUAGCAUCAAAGAACGAUAUUGCUUUACUGAACCCAUAUAGAGUAGAAGAAGCUUUAUUGUAUAAACGCCUUCUGAAAGACCAUAAAAUUCCAGUGGAUAAGUUGGACUUGCCUAUUAUAUUAAAUGACAGAUUGGUUGGUGGACCCGAGUAUUUCACAGCUCUGCUAAGUAUGCAAAAGGAUAGUCCAAGACCAAAUGGACAUAUUUACUUCUCAGAUGUCAGACUCACAUAUAAUGGAUUUCAGAUAAAAAUGAUGCCAGGCUCAUCAAAUUUUACUGACCAUGUUGAGAUUGAAGCUAUAACUAAACAUUUGCCCUUUUUUGGAAUAACUGAUCUCAAAGAAGUUUUAAGCUCUGUGAUUAAAGGAAAUAAAAACUUGUGGGAGUGUAGGCCCUUGAAAGUUCUGAAUUAUUUAGAGGGAGAAGCUGUAAGAUUAGCUCGACAAUUGCCCUUAAACCUAUCAAAACUUGAUGUCAUUGACACAUUGCAUCGUAUGGAAAAACAGCUCUGUGGUAACCAGAAAGAAUGUAUCCAUGGUCGACCGUUUUUCUACCAACUUUCAGACAUUCCUGAAUCAGAUGACUAACUGUUUAUGUAACUUUAUUUUAUGAAUUCAUUAUUCCAAUUAUAUAGCACUAAGAGGCACAUGGAUAUGAACAUGAUUUAAAAGUUUUCAUGUGUGUAGUUUGGAUGCAAACUAUGCUUUAGCACAACCCAGUUGUAAACUCUAAUUUUAUUUAAUGAAACCAGAUGAAACAAUAACAUUGAACAGUCAUCAUAUAACAGACUCGUGUCAAACUGUGUUGCACAUUAAACCUCAGUUUUUUUUAGUUAUCUUUCCGUUCUAUAGAAUUAUCUUCUUAGGCUCCAUUCAGACGUCCGCAAAUGGGUCCGCAUCCGUUCCGCAAUAUCGGGAACGCAUGCGGACCCAUUCAUUCUCAAUGGGGCAGAACGGGAUGCGUAGAGCACACUAUGUAAUCUCCACAUCCGCCCCGAACUUCCGGUCUGCGGCUAUGCAAAAAAAAAGAACAUUUCCUAUUCUUGUCCGCAAUUGCGGACAAGAAUAGGCAGUUCUAUGGGGGGUGCCGGCCAGGUGUAUUGCGGAUCCACAAUACACCACGGACGUGUGAAUGGACCCUUACGCAAUACACCACGGACAUGUAAAUGGACCCUUACAUGAUUGUAGCUGGUUUUAUUAAAUAUUUUUUCUGAGCCUGGGUUUCCAUGUUCAAAGCUAGGAGUGGAUUAAAAAAGAGAAAACCCAGUCCUUCCUUUAUACCUACCCGCUUCUAUGAUCCUUUCUUGAGUUUGGCCUAAAAAAUACUGCAUAAAAUGUAUGAAAACCCGCCCAAACAGUACACCAGAUAUGUUCUGAGUUUAAUAUUGAAUUAUAUAGUUUUAUAAUUAUAUGCAGUAGUGAUGUUUUCAAAAAAGAUGUAUUUUACAUUUACUUAGCCUUCCCAUAAAAGUCAUUAUUCUCUGGUCUGUUAUAUAGGGUAGAUGAUAUAAGCUGUAGUGAGGAUUAUCCACUCCUUUCUGGUACUCAGCUGCAUCAUCUAGCAACUGAGAGUCUCUACUGUGUGGACAGAAAGUCAGUUUCCGUAUUCAUUCCUAAGAGAAUUACAUUGGGGUUCUUAUGGGAGUGAAUCAAGAAAGUAACUUCCUGUCCACACAGUAGAUGCUUUGUCAGAUGGGAAGUCAGAGUGUUUGUCACAUGACAAAGCUGUGGACCAGAAGGUAGGGGACACUUUCAAAUUCAACUGUAUUGCCUUCAUUAAGAAGUUUACCUACACUGCAAUUUGCGUCAUGUACAUUUCUUUUACAGGCCUGAGAAUAAAAUUUUUGGGGGAAUUGGUUUGUUAACACAGCAGAAUAAUUAGUAGAGGAUUAAUCUGAUGCAGUCAGCCUCAAAAUUGAGACUGUAUGGCAUUUCAUCCAACUACACAUUAUAUAUUUAGCACUGGGACUGACCCACUGUAGUUAAUUUGAAUGAAGGAACUACUAGUAAGCUUAUUUUCCAUACCUAUACAAUUAGGAAGACUGUCCUUUCUGUAAGUUAAUUCUGAAGUAAUUCAUUUAAAAUAUGCUUUGUUAUUUCUCUUCCAUUUUUGUAACAUUGUACUGUUUCAUUGCCUUUUUAAACCUUAAUA